AUGAAUCUUAGAGAAAAAGAUAUUGCUUUUUUUCUAGAUUUUGAUAUACCCAGUGAUUCAGAUGUCAGUUUUUGUGCUUCUGAUGAUGAUGAAGACGAUUUAUUUUCUGAAAAAACUAUUGAAAAUCCACCAUUGGAUGAAAAUAUAGACGAAUUAUUAGUGACAUCUGAACUAAUUAAUCAAUUCCAUAAAGAAAUUGAAGAAGAACUGAGAAUUUAUGAUGAAAAUAUUGCUUCUUCAUCACAGAACGAACCUGACGAGAUCUUAAUAUCACCAACCAUAAUAAAUAUUAAUCAGACACAUAAUACACCAUAUUCAUACUUUACCCAACUAUUUACUGAUGACAUAUUUGAACAUAUUAGAGUAGAAACCAUUCGUUAUGCUAUUCAAAAUGGUAAAGAUUCAUUUACGUUGACAAUAACAGAAUUAAAAACAUAUUUUGCUAUAAAUAUUGCUAUGACAUAUUUACGAUAUCCAAAUGUGAGGAUGUAUUGGUCUAGUUUACCAGGUAUAAGAAUGAACUUGAUUGCUGAUGCAAUGAAUGUAAAUCGAUUUGGAGAAAUUAAACGAUUUUUACAUUUUGAAGAUAAUACUAAAAAACCAGAUUCUGCUGUUCCAAGUUUUGAUAGAUAUUGGAAAUUAAGACCAGUUAUUACAAUGUUACAUGAUUCAUUUCAUGCUGCUGCAUCUCCAGAUGAACACAUUGCAAUAGACGAAAUGAUAAUUCCUUUCAAAGGAAGAAGUGGAUUGAAACAGUACAUGAAAGCUAAACCAAAAAAAAUUGGGGCUUCAAAGUUUGGGUACAAGCAAACAGAAAUGGUUAUGUAA